UAAUAGUUUUGAUCAGUCUUAUAGUGUUCAAAAUCGCUUUGGGGUUUGUCAAGCAAGAUGCUCCGAUUUAUCGUCCUCGUCACCCUGCUGGUAUCCUCAGUGUGCGCUCUUCAGCGGGAGAUGGACAAUGAUGUUUUGACUGAAAAAGAACUUGAAGAAAUCUAUGCUGAAUUUUUGGCCAAAACAGGCCAUAAGCUCCCUGGAAUGUGCUGGGCGUGCAAAUGGGCUAUGGGCAAGAUAAAAAAACAUGUCUCUGUUACUACAAAUCAGGGAGACAUUCGAAAGAUGCUCAACAAGGUCUGUGAUGAUAUCGGGUUCCUAAAAUUUCUCUGCAAGGGCAUUGUGUCCAGGUUCUUGGGAACUCUGAUUGAAGAGAUUUCGACCACUGAUGAUCCCGCUACAAUCUGCUCUAACAUCGGAGUCUGUUAGUCUAAACAUUAGGGUUUUUUUAAUAAGCAAAGACAAAGUACGGCAUCAUAGCUUGAUAAUGCACAUAAGGCAAAAACGCUGGUUCAGAAGUUAAAAAUGAUUUGUUAAAUGAUAAUUCAGUAAUGGUGUAAUCUUAUGAUGAUGCAUAUUACAAAGACAUCAUUUAAUUUUUUUUUUAAAUAUUUUAUGAUGUAAACAUACUGUAAACAAACACGCUGCAUGUAAUUCUGAUUGAUUGCUUGUUUAUUCUCAAUAGUUGCAAAUGCUAAUAAAAGUCUGCAAAGCUCCGAGUGCAUUUG